CCCAAGCAUGAUGAAAGCCGUCGUGCAGACAGCGUACGGCGAUCCUGCCAAGGUGCUCAAAGUCAUGGAGGUCCCCCUACCCAAAUUCGACCCCACCUCGAGCAAAGUCCUCGUGCGAGUUCACGCCGUCAGCCUCAACCCGCUGGACUAUGCGGGUGUUAUUGGUCGCCUGCGGAUCAUUGGGGACAAGCCUAUUCCGCAGCUUAUGGGCGCGGAGGCUAGCGGCAUCGUCGUGAAAGCAGGGAAAGACUCUGGGUUCAACGAGGGAGACGAGGUGUAUGGUGGCUGCAGCAUACAGGAUAUGGCGACCCUGGCUGAGUACGUCCUCCUCCCCUCGGACCACCUCGCACCAAAGCCCAAAUCUCUGUCGCACGAAGAAGCCGCCUGUCUCCCUGUAGCUGGUAUCACCUGCAUCCAGACCUUCCAGCGGCAUAACGGUCCUAGGGAUAUCGCCUUCAUUCCCGGGGGAAUGGGUGGUGUGGGGCACCUCGCUCUCCAGCUGGCUAAGCCGUACGCUGGUUUCAAGCAUACCAUCACGACUGUGUCGACUUCUAAAGUCGCGCUUGUGAAGGAGCACAUAAAGGAUGUGGACGAAGUGAUCGACUACAAGAAAGUUGACCCUGCGUCCGUCAUCCCCGCUCACUCGGUGGACUUCGUCUUCGAGCAGUUCGGUAAACCCACGACAUACGUGCGAUAUAUGAAGAAGCCCGCACCUGGCACUCCGGGAAAACCAAGUAUCAUCUCCAUCUUCACACCUCCCAGUGCGGCAAAGUGCGAGGAGGGGUGGGAGACAAAGCUUCCCUGGUAUUUGGCAAUCAUCCUGAACAUCAUGGACUGGUAUCGACGCCUGUGGAUCCCGAGCUGGUUGCACUAUGACAGCUUCUUCGCCCUCUCUAGUAGGGAAGAUAUGGAGGUCUUGACAAAGUUUGCCGAUGAGGGGAAGCUUAAGCCGGUUAUCGUCAAGACUUUCCCGAUGGAACAAAUCGUCGAGGCGAUGGCUUUGACAGAGUCGAAACCGGCGGGGAAGGUGGUGGUGCGCUGCAUCGAACUUCUUCUCCCUGUAUCAUACUGCUACUAGCGAUUGUCGCUGUAUAAAGCUAUUUAAUCACGUGAUGUCAUGUGUUUCCACCCAAGGUGA